AUGAGGGGAGCCUACCAGUACCAGGGCCGUGGUGGGUUCCAGCAAUCCCCGCCCUAUCCUCCGCACAAUCAAUAUUCCCCACAGAACCAGUCGCCGUACCACGGCGGUAGAGGGGGUUGGAACAACCAAUCGUACCCCAACCACGGGUCUCCCAUGCACGGUGGUUAUACUUCAAGCCAGUCGCCAUAUCAUCAAGGCCAAUCCCCUGGUUAUUACCCAAACCAGCCAUAUCCCCAAUCGGGAUUUCAGAAUCCUGCACAUCGAGGUGGACAUGGUGGCUUCCGCGGCAACAGCUUUCAUGGUUCCGAUCGGCGGCUCUCAGGUCCUAGUGGGGGUGGUCCCUUUGGUCCUGGUGGUCGGGGACGAGGCACUGCACCUACGCAAUUUUCCAAUCUGUCAUGGACACCAGCGUCAGGAACACGAGGCGGUCGUCCUGCCACUGAAGCGCCACGCCCACAACCGGCUCCUGUGUCGCAAGCACCAACCGAAUCCACCGCUGUCGAUGCCGAUGAUAACCCGUUCCGUCCUUCCAAGGAUUUGCGUGUGGAGGAUGAGGGACCAAAGGAGGAGGCUAAACCCGCCCCCUCGACCAAGGCAUCUACUCCAGCUCCAGCAGCACCCAAAUCUGGGUUUGGAUUCUCGCUCAAGACCAAGAACCCAGUGCCCCCUGCCAGCAAAGCAAAACUCGGUCUAGAUGAGCCGGACAAAGCCGAGCCACCAUCCAAAGAGUCGCUACUAGAUCCAAAAGCAAAGGUUGAAGCAGUACGCGAACCAGCUCCAGCGCCUCGCUAUGCAGAGUCAAGAAGUGAAAGGGAGAGGGAACCAAGAGAGAGGGAUUACGACCGCAACCGCGAGCGAGACAUUAGAGAGCGAGACCGUCGAUAUGAUAAUUACUACGAUCGCAAACCGCCUUACCGAGAUCCUCGCGAUCGAGACCCUCGAGACAUGCGGGAUUCUCGUGACCCCUACUACCGCAGUAGGGAUAGGGAUUUCCGAGACCCGCGAGACCGAGACCUCAGG